AUGCCAGAGGCGAACAAGGAUACGACUACCCAUCAAAUGCAACAAGUGGUCGUUACCCGCUACCGCCUGAUCGUCCAGAACCCGUGUGACCACCGCGGGCAUCUGGGCGAGAGUCUUUGUCCCUCCGCUGUCUGCAGGCGGCUAUCGUGGACCCCUAUACCGGAUCCCGUCCCUCCGCCCCGUGAAUAUCCACCAAAGGGUGCUCUUCCCCCUCGCCAAAGGUACGAUAACUACGAAAAUUACGGCCGGUUAACAUAA